GUCUACCAGGAGACACUCAACAUUGGCAAGGGCCAGAUUGUGUACAAUGGAGAGCUGGAAGGCAUCACCAGAGCUUUUGAGUAUGCUGCCACAGUGGCCUCCCCCUUCCAGGAGAUCAGGAUCCAUGCAGACAACCAGGCAGCCAUCUACAGACUGCAGACCCCCUCUAACAAGCCUGGCCAGGCAUGGCAGCUCAGAUGCAUCCAGGCAGCACAGCAGAUUGUCAGCAAAGGAGCCACUGUCUCCAUCCACUGGGUCCCUGGACACCAGGAUGUACAUGGUAAUGAGAGAGCUGACAGGCUGGCCAAGCUAGCAGCCAAGAAAAGACCCUCUACUUACACCACCAGUCUGGCCAUGACUGGCAUCAAGAUUAAGAGCAUGGCAACUCUGGAAUGGGACAAGGCCUUGAGGAGCUACAGUAUUGGAGCUGUCAACUGCAAUCCCUUCACCUAUGCUGCCCAGUACAGUUGGAGGAUUGGGAAGAGACUGAGGAUUCCCCCAGGGACCAGGAGAGAGACUGCCAGUGCCUUCUAUCAGCUGAAGCUUGGCCAUGGAUACAACAAGGCCUAUCUAUUCAGGAUUGGCAAGACUAACCACCCUUUCUGCAGCUGUGGAGCCAAGCAGACUCCUGAGCACCUGCUCCUGAGCUGCAAGUGGCUGAACACAGACCGGAAAAUACUGCAGCACAGUCUUGGGAAGGUACAGCUUACUCUCCCUCUCCUCCUCCACACCAAGCAAGGUGUCAAGGCCACCUUAGACUUCAUCAGCAGGACCAAGGUUGGCACAAGGAGGUGGCAUCUUGGGCAAUCAUCUGAAGACCAGGCAUAG